AUGGACUCGGAGUUUGCUUGGGGAACUUCUACGUAUACAUCUACUAGUCCAGAUCUUUAUUUCCGAGAUGGUAAGCGCAGAACUGAUUAUGUUCUUGCCUACCGUUUUUCUACAAAACCCAUGGACCAAAAUAGGCGGUAUCUAUUUCUCAAUGAGCUGGCAAAGCAGAAAAUAGAAAUUGAGGUGGAAGAUUGUAAUGGUCGUCUGCUGGGAGCUACUUCAGUUUCAGCUGAAGAUCCUUCCUCUUCGCCAAUCCAAGUAACAGUAAUGCCAAAGGUAGAUGUUAGUGCACCGCCACUUACAGAACAGCCGCCAGUACCUUCAGAUCAUAUGCCAUCCAAUAAUUAUACAGAGUCAGAUAAACCAACAGAUACAAGUCCACCGUCUUCAAUGGAGCGUUAUCGUCACAAAGCUUUAGAUGAUGAUGAAAUUUUGUUGACACCUGAUAAUCUAGUUUUUGUUAAGCUGCAUGCUUCAUGGGAGGCAAUGAUAUAUUAUGCAGAAUAUCUGAAGAUGCGAAAACCGCUUCGUCAACUAGCCUAUGGUUUGAAAUUCGAAUGCCCAAAAUCCAAACCUUCUCUUUCAAAAGACUGUUUCAAUUGCUUACAAAUUGAUGAAGAUAUCAUCAAACCGAUCCGCUCGUGUUAUACUUGGCCAUUUUCAAUGAAUAGGCAAUACUUAUUUGAUAUACCAGAAAAUAGAGAUGAAUUUUUCACUCCAGUUGAACGAGCUCUUGUUUUGGAUUAUAUUCUUCGUCGAACAGGCUAUCGAUCAGAGGAUUUAGUGAAUACAGAUGAAUUAUAUAAUCCAAGUGCUAGUGAUGCUAUGAUCAGUACUAACCAAGAGGAUGAAUCUGGAGGAUGUUCGAAUACCGCUAACGCGUGUUAUGCAAUAGCUGCAAAAAAUCUAGGGAUUACUAAAUUGAUUUCUGAUGGAAUAUUUCUAGCUGCUUAUCCAUUACAUGAACCCGCUGGCAAUACUGUCUCAUCAGCUGAAUUCAAUAAUCGAGUUUUAUUACAACGUUAUUGGGCGUCAUACAAAAUGUUGUUCAAAUGUCAACCCAUCAGUUAUAUCCGGCAUUAUUUCGGUGAAGCUGUAGCCUUCUAUUUUGCCUGGCUUGGUUUCUACACUGCAUGGUUGCUACCGAUUGCGAUUCUCGGGAUUUUCGUUUUCCUUUUUGGAUUAAUUGAUUUGAAGAAUGAUUCCAUCAUACAUGAAGUCUGUAAUCUUGGCCAUAGUGUGCUCAUGUGUCCACUGUGUAAAUCCUCCAAGUGUAAGUUUUGGACACUGGAUACAUCUUGUUUACGUACCAAGUUGAUGCGGCUAGUGGAUCAUGAAGGAACAGUUGUAUUUGCCGUUGUUAUGUCUCUCUGGGCUGUUAUAUUUUUCGAGAUGUGGAAGCGUAAACAAGUCUCAUUAGCUUAUCAAUGGAAUGUGAGCUCAUUAGAACCAAUGGACCAACCGCCUAGGCCAGAAUUUAUGGCGCUACUCAAUAAAAGAUGUCCUCGAAGAAUUAAUCCUAUGACUGGUUACAUGGAACCAUUUAUUCCAUUCUGGAGGCGUAAAAUACCAGUCAUCUUAAUCAGUUACUCUACUGUUCUGCUAGCUGUUAUGCUUACAUUAGCUUUCCUUGUUAGUGUAGUUCUAUACAAGUUGGUUAUUAAAGCCAUAUUAUAUCGUCAUCAUAAUCCAAUGCUACAAAGUACUGCUGGUAUGAUUGCUACAAUGACAGGAUCAUGUAUAAAUUUAGUUGUUAUCUUUAUUAUGAAAUUGAUUUAUGAUCGUAUGGCAACCAAGUUGACUGAUAUAGAAAAUCAUCGUACACAAGUGGAGUAUGAUAAUAGUUUAACACUGAAAUUAUAUCUAUUACAAUUUGUUAAUUACUAUUCGUCAAUAUUUUACAUUGCAUUUAUACAAGGAACAACUUCAGCUGUCCCUGGUACUGAACAUAUAUUGAUUCAGUCAACUGGAUGUGAUCAAGUAAUCAUUAUGGUUGGCAAACAAGUAUUUGGUUUUAUACAAGAGUCUUUAAUGCCUGUUCUAUGGAAAUUAUUCUUCAAAUUCCGUUCAAUGAAACGUCGAAAUAAAUAUUCUGCUACUAUCAGCAACACUAAUACUGCUACCACCGAUGAUGCUAUUUGCAAUGGUCAAAAUUCUUUUGCGCCUAAUCUCACCACAACAAAAUCUAGUGUAAUAAGUAGACGAAAUAUUCUUUGUCGUUCUGACUACUAUAUGCUAGAUCCUGGAUCUAGGCCAUUAUUCAACGAGUAUUUAGAAAUGAUGAUUCAAUAUGGAUUUAUUACAAUGUUUGUUCCUGCAUUUCCACUCGCUCCAUUAUUUGGUCUAUUAAACAAUCUGUUUGAAAUUCGUGGUGAUGCUAAAAAGUUGGUCAAUCAAUAUCGUCGUCCAGUUUUGGAAAGAGUUCAAACAAUAGGUAUAUGGCUAACAAUUAUCACCGUUCUUGCAAAUAUUGCUAUUCGAACCAAUGCCUGCAUUAUUGCAUUUACUACACAAUUUAUUGAUCGAUGCGUAUAUCAACAUUCUUACAGUCCAGAUGGAAGCAUGAAAGGUUUUGUGAAUUUCACUCUUUCCUAUAUGUCAACAAAUCGUUUUAAUAUCCCAACUAAUGAAACUUAUUGCAGAUAUGAUGCCUAUCGUUCUGCACCGUGGUCUGUAGAGCCUUAUGUUCUCACUGCAGUAUAUUAUCAUGUUUUAGCAGCUAAAUUUAUUUUCGUUUUUGCUUUUGAAACUAUUGCAACGAUUCUAACUAAUUUAAUUAUGGCAGCAGUACCAGAUGUUCCCAAGCAUAUCAAACGAGAAAUGUACCAUGAAGCGAAUAUUACAAAUGCAAUCAUUUUAAACGCAGAAGUUGGCAAUCAACAGUAUAAUAAAACAAUUACUAAAGAUAUCAACUUUAAAAAAAUUAUCAUGUUAAGAAAUUUGCAAGAUAGACUUCAAACACUACGAAAUACUGAUAACGAUAACACUAUCGACUGCACUGAAGAGAAUGCAACUGAGUUAUCUUCUGGAAAUAUCCCCUCAUUCAGUCGAUCGAUCAGUACUAAUCUGGGACCUACUGUCUAUACAUUUCACAGUUAUGAAUUGCCACCAACAUGUGUCCAAGUGACAACACCCUUAACACCAUACCCUUUGACUGAUUCAUCAAAUAACGCACCACAAAUUGGAUUCAGUCAUUUUCACGCUAAUGAUGAUAGUAACAAUAAUAAUGAUAGAUAUUAA